AGUGGCGUCGGGGAGCGCCUUGCAAUAGGGAGGAGCCCCUUUUCCACCGUAGGAGGGGACGGUCGAAGGGGGGCAGGAAGAGAUGCCGGGGGUGGGAUGGCUUCCUCAGGCCUCGCCUUUUGCAGUCGCGCGCCGCGUCUGCAACAGGAGCCGACGAGGAGCUAUUUGCAAGCAAGCUUAGCAAACCGACCCCGCUGCACCGCCGGCCUUGGCUGCCUUUCUCUCUCUCUCUCUCUCUCUCUCUCUCUCUCUCUCUCUGUGUGUGUGUGUGUGUGUGUGCGCGCGCGUGUGGCACGUUUGCAUUUCCGUGGCUUGCUAUGGGCAUGCGCGGCGACCGAGGGCUUUUUUGGGGGGGGGGGGUUAGCCUCCAGUUGUGGGGCCGGAGGGCGCACAGGUGUUUAGGGCUGCCGGGUCGCCGCCUUGCGCAGGUCCAUCUAGCGCAGUAUUGACUGCACUGGCUGCCAGCGGCUCUCCAGGGUCUCCCGGGCGCGAGGGGUGCCCUCUCCCCCCCAGCCUGCUUGAACUCGGGAUCUUCUGCGCUGCAAAGCGGAUGCUUCGCCGCUGAGAGUGCGCGGUUGUGCACGGUUGCCAGCGGGUUGCAACUGGGUGAUUCUGCUUUAAGAUUGCACCUUCGGUAAGGCAUUUCAUCAGCAGCCCCGAAAACCAAGUUGCUGGAAAUCACGCGAGGGGAAAGAGUGCUCUUCUUGUGCUCUGCUCCUGCUCUCUGUUUGGCCACUGUGAGAACAGGAUGAUGCUGUCCUAGAUUCCUCUGAUGCUUCUGCAACCCUCUGCUUUCACUGGAGAAGAGGGGAGGGGGAACACUUUUAAGGGUUGUAGCCAACUCAGUUGAAACUGUAAUGCAGUGGUGUCCAAACUUUUUUUCAAAGAGGGCCAGAUUUGAUGAAGUGAAGGGCCGUGGGGGUCAACCAAAGGGCCAACCAAAGUUGAGCUUUUUUUAAGAUUGAAGAUGUUGAGCUUUUUUGGGGGGGGGGUUGGAGUUGUCGAGCUUUUAGGAUUGAAGUUGUUGAGGUGUUUUUUUUAGGAUUUUACCCUAGGAAAUACAGUAAACUGCCACAAGGGCCGGAUUAAACCAACUGGCAAUGCAUGGGUAGGCAGAUCCGGCCCAAUCACCUAAAUCCGGCCCGCAGAUGGUCCAGGAAUCAGCGUGUUUUUACAUGAGUAGAAUGUGUGCUUUUAUUUAAAAUGCAUCUCUGGGUUAUUUGUGGGGCAUAGGAAUUCGUUCAUAUUUACCCCCCCAAAAAUAUAGUCCCCCCCCCAAAAGGUCUGAGGGACGGUGGACUGGCCCCCUGCUGAAAAAGUUUGCUGACCCCUGCUGUAAUGCAGCCUUUGGCCGACCUGGACCUGAUGGGAGCUGUAGUCCAAAACCUCUGGAAGGCACAAGAAACACUAUGGAGACUGCCAGCCACAGCCUGAUCCUUCUGCAGCAGCUGAACAUGCAACGGGAAUUUGGCUUUCUCUGUGACUGCACUGUGGCAAUAGGAGACGUCUACUUCAAAGCUCACCGAGCUGUUCUGGCUGCCUUCUCAAACUAUUUUAAGAUGAUAUUCAUUCACCAGACAAGCGACUGCAUAAAGAUCCAGCCAACAGAUAUCCAACCCGACAUAUUCAGCUACUUGCUGCAUAUCAUGUACACUGGCAAAGGACCCAAACAAAUAGUCAACCAGACCCGGCUGGAGGAAGGCAUCCAUUUCCUGCAUGCCGACUACCUUUCCCGCAUGGCAGUCGAGAUGAACCAGACACUCUCGCCGGAGUCCGUGCAGUCUUCGAACCUGUACGGCAUCCAAAUCUCCACCACGCACAAAUCCGUCAAGGAAAGCCUCCAGGCGAAGGAAAGUUUGACGAGCCUCGGGAGCAGAACCGCCGGCCAAAGCGACCACCCCCAGCUGCAGCUCUCUUUGGCUAUUGGGCUCGACGACGGCUCUUUGGACCAGCAGCUUUCUCGUCCUUCCCUCCCGGCGGCUGUGAAGCCGGCAGGCGAGCUUCCAAACCCUCCCGUGACUAUAAAACAGGAGAAGAGCGACCCGGAACAAGUGGUGUCUCAGAGCCACACCUCAUCAUCCUCCCCGGAUGUCAGCGGCCCGGCCUUUUCUAGGACGAACCUCAAGGUCCAUUUAUGCCAGUACUGCGGGGAGCACUUCGAAUCCCGGAGCAAUUUGCGCGAACACCUCUUCACACAUGUCUCGGGGUCGCUGCCGUUUGGGGUGCCGGCCUCGAUCCUGGAAAGCAGCGACCUGGGCCAGCUGCAGCCCCUGCAUGAGAACAACGAGGCUGCGGAAACCCACCGGCUCGGCUCCUUCCUCCGGAAAGAGGACGAGCGCCGCUUGGAGCAUCCCACUCACGGCAGCUUGGAGCCUCUGCCCAUCGGCCAGCUGUCUCUCGUUUCCAAGGAUUCUGAGCCUGUGGAACUGAACUGCAACUUUUCCUUUUCGCGGAAGAGGAAGGUCAGCUGCGCGGUCUGCGGCCACAAGUUCCUGCGGAAGAGCCAGCUGCUUGAGCACAUGUACACCCACAAAGGCAAACACUUCAAAUUGGGCCGGUGCCAGAGGCUUGGCGGCUCAGCAGCCCCUAAAUUUCAGCUGCUCAGCAGCAGCUGGACUCCGGUGAAGAGCACCACUGUCUCGCAAGCUCACAUGGAUUCGCAAAACGCGCCGGAUCCUGACCUCUCCCAAGAGAGUAUUGACACCAUACUAGUUGAAUAGCUCCUUCCCUUUUUCCUGUGUGCGUUUUUUGCCUGUGAAUUCCUGCGCUCCUUUCACCGUCUCUUUCAUUGUCGCUGAAGGUGUUCUCUGUUGUCUUGCGAAAUAGGAAUCGGCAGACUGAAAGCCCUCUUCUGGGUUGUCUCAUGGGCUCGGUUGUACGACUUUCUCACACUGCUCCAGUAACAUAUGCACUGGGGAGAACCACGUGGGAGGGGCAGUUGACAUGGCUGUGCAUUGCUGCAAAAUGCAAACUAAUUUGAGUGCACUCCCACACCACAAUUCACGAGAGAUGUCAGAGGUAGGUACAGAUAAGAAUGAGCUUCAAAGGAACAAUCAGACAUGCUUAUAGUGCCCCUUCCAAGUGUUUUCUUUUGCAAGCAGGACUUACUGUCAGAGCUGAUUCUUGCUGUCAGCAAGCCCUGCUUUGCCCAUUUGCAGGAGAGGUUUGAAUGCAAACCACGCCUGCAGAUGAACUUCAAAGAGGCUCUACAACAGGGUUUCCCCAAACUUGGAUCUCCAGCAGUUUUUGGACUACAACUCACAUCAUCCCUAGCAAGCAGGUCAGGGAAGUUGGGAAUUGUAGUCCAAAAACAGCCGGAGGCCCAAGUUUGGGAAACUGCUCUGUGAUGUGCCCCUUUGACAGUGGUUAUCUGGCAAUGUCCCUCCAGUGGAUCCUACAUGCCCUGGACUAGAUUUCAGACCCAGGAAAUACCCCUUUCAGGGACCAAGGAAAACAGCUAGCUGGGCCAGAGAUCUCAAUUUCAUAUGUUCACAUAACACAUUUUAUGCUAACCCCAGCAUUCUUGCUGAUGGAAUAUUCUGUAGAGUUUGUUACAUAGGGCUAUCGCCAGUGGAUAAAAAGAGUAACAUAAGGUGGCCAGGAGCAGUCGUGUGCCCUGAAGCCACUUUCGAGGGCUGCAGCUAGAUUGAGUUCCCGUGAGCCUGAAAGAUUCAGCCGCAGUUAAGGCUGCCCCUGCUGCAUCUCUGCAGGCUUCCCCGUUCUGGCCUCGUGCUCUUCCAAAGACCUUCCACCUGGGAGGCCGAUUUUGUGGCACCUGCUAUCCAGGUGUGUUUGGAUAGUUCAACCUGCAAUGCGGGAGAUGGUCACAAGACUGCCCAGCCUCGGGGGAAGCCUCUAGUCUCCUCUCUGGACGAGUUGCUGUCCACGAGGCUUGUCUCAAAUCAGUGACACUGCAAAAACACAUAGAAUUGGUCCCUCUGGGGAACUUUUUGGAGACAGCAAAGGAAGUGAUGAGCAAGAUCAGGGGUAAAAGUAGGCAGAGCAAUGGAUAGAUGCAGGCUACAGCCCACCCACUCCAAAAUCAUGACUCUAUACACUCACAGAGGUGCAGAAUCCUGCAUUUGUCCCUCUAGGCCUGAGGUUCUCCCAACACUGCUUGGAAAAAUCUUUUCACAUGUAAGUGAUGCGUUCCUCCAUUUCAGGAGAAAAAGGCGCACGUUUGUCAAUUUUCGGAAGUUCGGGAAGCACUUCAAAAUCAUGUAGUUCUAGGCAGAUAGAUGCCUUAGGAACGACAAGGCUAUUCAGGAAUUUUUUGCCCAAUGUGGGGCUCGAACCCACAACCCUGAGGAUUUUCGGGGGUUGGACUAGAUGACCCUUAUGGUCCUUUCCAACUCUUAGGAUUCCUUGAUUCUAUCCCAGCCCUACAAGUUUUCCAGUUUAGCCAGAAAGGGGCAUGGAACCUUACCAGCAGAUCCAAUAAAAAGCUCUGCCCAUGCUAGGUUUAGAUAGUCUGUGUGAUUUUUUAAAUUUCCUCAUACUAUUUCAUAUUAGUUGGUGACCCAUUUCUUUGGAUUUAACAUUGCCUAAGAUAGAUUUCUUCCCCGUUACAGAACAACCUCUAGAUUCUCUCAACUGUUUGCUCCCAAAGACUCCCAGCCCAUUUAAGUUAUUCGCUCAUUUUUAUUUUUUUACAAAAAAUUAAGAAAUUAAACCAAAAUCUCCUGAACCUCC